AGGAGCUUAACCUGCCUGCAGACAUUCCCAGCUACUUGUCUUCCCAAGGAACUCUGUCUGAGCCACAGGAAGGCUACAGCAACUCUGAGGCAGGCAGUCAUCAGCAGCUCAUGCCUCCUGCCAAUGGAUAUUUACACAAAGGCACUGAUGGUGGCUCUGGAACCCGGGUUAUCUGCUCAGAUUGUUACGACAAUGCCAACAUCUACUCCCGGACGCGAGAAUACUGUCCGUACACCUACAUUGCUGAGGAGGAUGUUCUAGAUCAGACACUGUCCAGCCUCAUGGUCCAGAUGCCCAAAGAGACUUAUCUGGCACAUCCUUCCCAAGAUGCCACAACGCUGGAGAGCCUGGUAUUACCAGCAGAUAGAGAGACGUCUGCCUUUCCCACCAACCACGAGAGGGUGAAUGAGAAGACACUUGCCUCCACACAGAUGAGCAGUGGUAAAGGGCACUGUUUUUUUGUUCAUUUUGUUUUCACUUUCACCUACUUGAUUUUUUUCUGUCAUGUAGUUAGCACUCUUAUUUGACAGGAAGCAGCAGUCCAGUUGGUGUAAUAGAGUCAUUAGCUGCUAUUACAUGGUAUGAACUAGAGCAAGAGAUUUUUAGAGAGUAGAGUUACAGGGAAGUCUGCAUCUUUUGGAUGAAAACAGCUUUUGUGGAAAUAGCAAGACCACGCCUCAAAAAUUCAGAAGCCAUAUAGCAACAGCUUUUAAAAAGUUUCACAUAGGUGUUACUUUUCUCCUUUCAUCUUACUUAAAUGAUGGAGAUUUGAAGUGCUAAGGAUAUAAUUUGAUGAAGGUUUUUACUG